AUGUUCGAAUUUUCGGCUGCAUCGCCGUUCGGCAGUCAGCCGACCAGCGCCACGGCCACGAGCGAGGGCGGCAAGCGGUUCACACGUGCCGAGCUCUUCGCGUUGGCCAGGCUGCACGAGCAGACGGCCUCGAGCUCAUCAACGGGGAUCGUCGACAGCAGGAAAGCGGCAGACGUCAGUGCCGGCGGUGAACUCGGUGUGUGGGGGGCCGCCAAAAGUGAAGCCGAGACAGUCGAUGGGAGCAGCACCGAGGCGCCCAACAAUAGAGCAGUGGGCCAGGCGAGCGCAUCAGCUGCAGAAGGCAUCACCGUCGGGGCUCCCACGAGGGACGAGCGCUUAUCAUCGGCCGACAUCACGUCGACCAGCGAGACCAAGUCAGCCACCGAGAGCUUCCCUGGCCCGGUGCUGAGCCCCGCCUCAGACGCAAGCACUCCCUUCAGCCCGCCUGUCCCGUUUGAUCCCGCCAUCGGCGAGAGGACGAUCCACCUGCCAAUCGACGGCAUAUCCCCUCUGUCAUCGGUCAAGGGAAGCGACUCUGUUGCAGUUCUUCUCAACCGUCUCAGGCAACACACGGCUUCCCGCAAGGCAGACGGAGGCCCGGUAAGUUCGGAUGGCCCUGUUGCUACCAAGGCGUCGCAGGAUAAAGAAGGUGCAGAUGGAGGUGAUCCCAAGCGCUGCGAUGCAAUGAGUGUUGCCUUACCGCCUGCUGCCCUUCCAGCUGCUGUUGUCCUUUCUCCUUUGGACGGUAGAAGGGCGGUCGGCACAUCUCAGGAAGUGAGCAGAGAGAGCGGAUCGCAAGGUCCUGAUGACGUCACGCAGCCGCCAGAGGUAAGGGAUAAAGGCUCAUUGCACCACUGUUGAUGUCUGGAUAUGAGUGUGCUUCACUGCAGGAACAAGUUGUUGACGACGGCCGUCGCAUUGACUGUCCAGGCGACGCCGAGUCACUUGCUGCUGCUGCUGUUGUUGCUGCUGGUGGUGUUGCUGUUGCUGUCGACCAGCCGACGGAGGCCCGCGACACCAUGAGCGUAAGCUACGCUGAUGCGCACUAGUUGGCGACAAGUAGAGGUGUCAUGCUCUGCUCAUCCAGACGGCUUCUUCUGAGAGCUCUCGGCGACCUCCUGUACACCAGGUGGAUCAUGAUGCCACAAUUGGUGGAUCACUACAGGUUACAACAGCAAUACAAGGAGUGCUGCUCUCAUUUCUUCGCUUUCAUUCUACGCGCUUCAUUCCAGGAUUUCAUCGAAAAUCGCGAAGGGCGUAAUCUCUUCAUCGGCAACAUCCCGUCCAGCUGGACGGACGAUGACCUUGUCAAGGUCAGACAGACAGACAGACAGACAGCCAGACAGACAGACAGGCGGGACGAUAGCCACCUUUUCAGGGUCAGGUAGCCAGGCAGUGACCGAAUAAUUACCUGCCUUCUUCGCUUGUCUGCAGCAUUUUCUGCCAUACGGAAGCAUCGUCUCAGUGAAGGUUGCCUAUGAUGAGGCCACUGGCUGCACCAGGGGCUUCGGCUUCGUCUGCUUUGACUCGCCCCAAGCAGCAUGGGACGCCAUCGACGGCAUGGACGGCGCCUAUGUCGACGGCAGAGGGCUUCGAGUCCAGCUGAAAGAGCAUAGGGGUUGGAGGGCUGACCUGUACGACCGCAGGGACUGUAAGGACGCAUCACGUAACGACGACCUUAGCGCGCAGUGUGGCCAUGGCAGUAAUUCCUUUGUCAGGCAAUUUUGCGUACGACGGAAACAGGGAGAAAGGCGGUUUCUCAUUUGGCAGUGUUUCUCACGCUUUGGGUGGGCGAGCCAUACAGUGCCUGGAGGUAUGAUUCACAUCCUUGCAUGUGUAUGUUCAUCAGGCAAGUGUACUCCCUGCUGGUACAAGUGGACGACGGGCUGCCAUAAUGGCAUUAACUGCGACUUUUGCCAUCAUGGUAAGAACCAACUGUGCUACCGAACUUGUGUGUGGCUGGCUGUGUGUCGGUUCACUUGGUUCAGAGUCACACGCACCGUUCAGAGGGGUCCAAGCCGAACCCAACGAGCCCUUCAUCAGUCAGCCGUCCCCUCCGCCCGUCGAUUCGCGAGAGAGGGUCAUGGCGCUGCUCAGCAAGACCGGCCGCACCGACGUCAGUCACAACACGGGCCCGCUUGAAGGCGGCAAGAGGCUCAGCGUUGCUGAGCUCUUCGCCGCGGCCAAGCUGAACGAGCAGACGGCGUCACGUCCAUCGGUGGAGAUCAUCGAAGCCGGGCAGGCAGACAACGGUGCCAGUGCCGACACUGUCGACUCGGCCACUGCAGAGGCACCCAAGCAGCAGCAACAGCCACAGCAAGGCACGAACGGGGCGGACAGCCAGACGGACGCGCCAACAGCAUCAGCAUCAGAACCACCAGCAUCAGCACCAGCAGUAGAAGCCAAGAUGGAACAAGCGCCAGUCGAUCCCAGCGGACAGCACACCACGACCCCACAAGAGGAGGCCAAGCAGCAGCAGCCUAAGGACGCCCAACACCCAGACGCCCGAGAAGCCGUCGACCAUUCGGCACCGUCAGCCAUCGCUCUCCCAAGCGAGACCGUCACUUUUGAGGCUCCCACCAGCAACGAGCGCUCAUCGUCGGCCAACCUCACAUCCAGCACCGAGGCGGGCAAGUCACCCAUCCCGCCUGCCCCGAUCGAUGUCAGCAUCGCCCCCACAACCCCCACCGGCAUCGCCACGCCCGAGGGAGAUGGCGAGAGGAGCGUUUGCCGCCCCACAGGCAGCAUCCAGCCCCCAGUAGCCGUCCAAAGCAGCGACUUCGGUGCAGCUCACUUCAGGCUCCUCUGCAACAUUCCCAUGUCGCCACACGCGCACACCUCAUCCGGCGAGGAGAAGGGAGGUCCAGCAGGUUAUUCCGAGGCCACAAGUGGAGUGCUGACUACUGGAACAAAUGCAUCGCAUGAGGAGUAUGCUGCAGACGGAGAUGGGGGUGAGGCCGGCAAGGGGAAGGGCAGGCCUCGCUCGUCGCGUCUGUCAUGUGCGUCUGUAUGUAUGUCAUCAGAUGAGGGCUCUCAGGCCGCCACACCCACGCAUCAACAUCCCGGCCUGGACACCAUCAGACACCGCGACGAGCUCGGGAAUGCAAGGUAGGCGACGAGCCAUUAUUCGGUUUACGUGCGGUCCCUCGCCGUUUAUCAGUAGGCGGCAACGGCUGGUGGGCGACCUCGAGUUGCCCAAGAUCGACGCGGCCCAAAUGGGCAUGCCUAGCGCGCCCUCAUAUGGACUGCACCAGCAACCUCACAUCCAGACCAACGUCGCUGCCCAAACCGGGUGUCUGCACGUCGAGAACAGUCACAACACCGACACCACUGAGGCGCCCAAGGAUAAAGCGCCGGAUCAGGACAACGUACGCGCUGCAGAAGGUACCACCGUCGCGACUCCCACGAAGAGCGUACGCUUAUCAUCGGCCGACAUUACGUCGACGAGCAAGGCCAAGUUAGCCACCGAGAGCUCCCCUGUCCCGGCGCUGAGCUCCACCCCAGAAACAAGCACUCCCUUCAGCCCGCCUGCCCCGACUGGUCUGAGCCUCGCCACCACGCCGCGCAACGGCCUCGCCACGCCCGAGGGAGAGGGCGAGAGCAAUGUUUGCCGCCCCACAAGCGGCAUACGGCUUCUAUCAACCGUCGAACGCGGCGACUCGGGUGCAACUCUUGUUAGCCUCCUCUCACACACGUCUUCCCGCGAGGAAGAGGGAGGCCCGGCAUCCUGCACAGAGGGCACCAAUGGGUCAGCGGGCACUGCGGCAUCCUGCACAGAGGGCACCAAUGGGUCAGCGGGCACUGCAGACGGAGAGGAGGGGGAGGGCAGGCCUCUGGCGUGUCGGUACACGAUCGAGGAGCUCAUGAGGAUCGGUCAGCUCCCGCAAUGCAGAAUCAGGCCGCCAAACCUUCACCCAUACCUCGACAAGUAAGCCGGGCCAAAACCAACACCUCAGUCAUUGUUGCGCUGCGUUUGGGUGUGUGUGUGCGUGGUUGUGUAGGGGCUGCAAGCCCCUGCCCAAUCGGCCCUGCAAGUAAGAGAGAGAGGGGGAUAUUCACUUACCGUUUUCACUCCCUGUCCCACUGGUUGCUUCAGGUAUUGGUCACGAAGUCGCCGUUGCCCCGCUGGCCACGCUUGCCCGUUUAGACACAGCGAGGAAGAGCUGUGGCUCCCCGAUUUCCCCCCGAUAAGCAAGGCACAGGUGAGCGCUCAAGGAUCUGCGACUUCGUCCCCUGAGUGCCUCUGUGUUGCACUGCAGGGACAGGUUGCUGACGAGUCGGAUGAGGUGCUGAUGCCGGGUGGAUCCAUCGGCCGUGGCCCCCACAAUGUGGUGAACGAAACCGGCUGACAACACGAUAGCAAACGAGACCUCUGUGUGUUUGCCUGGUUGAGUGCAGACCUCCACCGGCCCAGCGGAAACCGAGUCAUCUGCUUCUGACGAUCAGCAAUCGAGCGGCGAGACUGCCAGCGUAAGCCACGAGAGUUGCUCUUGUCGACAAGCAGACAUAUCGUUCUUUGUCAAUUCAGAUGGCCCCUCCGGACAGCCGCAGCGUCUUUAUGCGUGCUUCGCCGCCAUCACACCAGAUCUCCCAGACGACAGACAGUCAACUGCAGCCCUCUAUCAAAGAUAACAUGUUCUAUAGGACGCAGCCCUGCAAGUAAGGGAAAGCAAGGCUAGCUGGUCUAGGGCCUGCACUGGUCGCCUGUGCUUCAGGUACUGGUCUGAGAAUCGUUACCGCUCUCCUGUCCCCCACCACGGACCCGAGGAGCUUCAACGGCGAGCCAGUGAUGCUGAUGGCCAAGACGGCUCCGCCCCCCCAGCUGCACAGGCUGUCGAGGUCACAUCCGCAGAGGGCGGCUUGGAUUCAUCGGCGAAGGCCGAUGAUUGGUUCGACUGUGAUGCCGAGCAGGAUGCGCCCGUCCUCGACCUGACGCACAUGAGGAAGACCGACACAAAGAUAGGGGGCGGGUGA